CUCGCCUGGCGCCCAACUCAUCAAGUCAACUAGUAAUUCAGCAAAAACUACAGCAGCAACAUGAAGUUCUUGUGUGUGUUUGUCAUCCUGGCCAUCUUUAUGGUGGGCACUUGGGCAGCAGUUUCGGAGCCAGCUCAUGAAACCCUGGAACAUGAGCCGUCCGCCGUGGAUGAGAAGAAGACGGAGAAGAGGGGCAUCUAUGGAUUUGGCCACGGAUAUGGAGCCUACGGCGGAUACGGUGGUUACGGACAUGGACACUAUGGCGGCUAUGGAUUGGCCAGUCCCUAUUACGGUGGCUACGGAUACGUUCAUGCGGCGCCCUACUACGGCGGUCACCACGGUUACUAUCCGUAUCACCACGGCCACUACGGCUUCUAUUAGGAACACCACCUAUCCAUGAUCAUUAUCCACACAAUUUUUUUUCUCGAUCGCUUCAUGCUCAUCACUGCACUAUCAUACAUAUAUAUAUAUUUCUUUUCGUGAAACAUUCAGCACAGAAUAAAUGUCCAGCAAAUAGCUCAUGUCUUUGACUUUCACGGAGCUGGAAAGCCAUGAAAUGUAUAAAAAUAUAUAUGAUAUCUUAUGAAAUGUAGUACAAAACUCAUUUGAGAACUUUUUUUAAAGAACAAAUGAGUGGUUUUUCUGUCUGUAAACUAUGAAUAUAUAUAUAUGUAUUUGUAUCUAAUGGGCAUAAAUUAUCGAAAUAUAUAGUAACGCAUAAAUAA